AUGGAGGAAGAUGAUGCAUUUGACUUUACUAUAACAACAAAAAUAGAAUAUCGAAUCUUAGAAUAUUGUAAAAAUGGACAGGUUUUAGUAAAUUUAACUGAAAACAAUAUACGAGAUAUUAAGAGUAAAAUUACAAAAUUUAGAAAUGCAUUAUGUAAUAAUUUGUGUUUUCCGACUACUUCUGAUGAUGAUGAUGAACAAGCUAUGCCUAAUAAUCUAUCAAAUGAAAAUGAAUUCCCUGGAAAUAUCGAAAGCUUACAAUAUAGCCCACCACCUCCAUCACUUUCGGCAGCUUCAUCGAAAUCCAAAGCAUUGAAAACUAUUAUAGAUGGCGAUGAACAAAUUAUGCCUAGUAAUCUAUCAAAUGAAAAUGAAUUCCCUGGAAAUAUCGAAAGCUUACAAUAUAGCCCACCACUUCCAUCACUUUCGGCAGCUUCAUCGAAAUCCAAAGCAUUGAAAACUAUUAUAGAUGGCGAUGAACAAAUUAUGCCUAGUAAUCUAUCAAAUGAAAAUGAAUUCCCUGGAAAUAUCGAAAGCUUACAAUAUAGCCCACCACCUCCAUCACUUUCGGCAGCUUCAUCGAAAUCCAAAGCAUUGAAAACUAUUAUAGAUGGCGAUGAACAAAUUAUGCCUAGUAAUCUAUCAAAUGAAAAUGAAUUCCCUGGAAAUAUCGAAAGCUCUCAAUAUAGCCAACUACCUCCAUCAUUUUUGACAACUUCGUCGAAAUCCAAAGCAUUGAAAACUAGUAAAGACAGAAAACCGGUUGAAAAUCGAGUUAAGAAAUAUACAGAUACGCUAACAGCUCAAAAUAACCAAGUAUUUUCAUGUAAAAUGAUUACAUAUUCUUCUAAUAAUCGUAGUUCAACAUCGACCUCAAUGGAAAUCUUUAAUAAUCAAAUACCUUCGACUUCAAAUAAUCCCAAUAAUGUAAAUAUCGAACAGGCACCAGCUGCAUUGGCUUCAAGAAAAUUGAAUAACAGUAUCCAAUCACAGCUCAACACAUCAAUGGAAAAUCAUUUUGAAAAAAAUCCAAAGCUAUUCCCAUUUUUAUUGAACUGCCAACGUAAACGUAAAACGUGGCUUCAGCCGAAGAUAACAGAUAUAUUUACGGAAAGAAAAGUACAUAAAAGGAGUCGGGUCAAUAUUUCAUCUUUGGAAGUUUCUGCAAGAGAUAAUACACCAAAGUUUUCAAUCGUUAAUUCGAAUGAAAGGAACAUAAAUGGUGGCGUGCAUACAAAUUUUAAUGAAAUGUCUCUUGAAACUAAAAGAAGCAGCAAUCUUGAGUUACUUUCUAAAUCAGCUGAAGGCGAAUAUUUCGUAAAUAAAUCUGCUUCUGAUAAACAAAUGGAAUGUUUAAAUACUAACUUUAAGGGUUAUCAUGCGAAAUAUAAAAAUCCAGGAGAACAUCAGAUUAUGAACGUUCAGCCAAAGGAAAUAUCAAUAAAAAAAUUGGAUAAUAAAAAAAUACGUGUUCGAAGUACAUCUUUUUUAAUGGGAUCAAAUCAAAUUCGAUUCGAGGAUAAAAAUUUGCGGAAAAAGAAAAAUAAAUUUCAUAAUCAAUCGAAGGAUGUUAACGAAUUACAAAAAACAAAAAUUGUCACUACAUAUAGUUUGAAAUCGAAUGAAAUUUUUCAAGACUAUGUAAUACCUUAUAAAAGAUUAAAAAUUGAUAAAGAAAAGUUUGUAAGAAAUUACGAAGAAACCGUUCAGACUAUCGAAUACCCUGAAAUAGGUUUGGAUUCUUCGAGCACUUUAACAUUGAGUGAAACAGAAUCAUCUCAGUUAAAUGAAACAGAAAAAGGUGAGUUAAAUAAAAAAAUAAUGAAACAAACUAAUAAUAGGAUAAAUAGAAAAACUGAAACCAAAAAUCGUCACAAAAAAAGCUCACAUUCAUUGACUGAAAAUGGUAUUGAGGAAAAUCUUCAUUCUUACGAAAAUAGAAAUCCUAAUCAAAUUGAUUCUGAAGAAACUUCUAAAUUUACACGUACAAAAAUGGUCGAAAAUCUUGAAACCACACAUCCAUUCGUUAGCAAUACAACUAAGAAGAAAGUUCGUACAUUCGAAAUACAAAAUACAAAUAAAAAAAAGAAAUCGUCGAAUGUAAAAUCACAUAAUACGUCUAAAGAAGAGAGUAAAAAAUUCCCUAGUUUAGAGGCUGAGUUACUUAAUGCUGAACUAGAAAGCGAAGUAGGCAGGGAAAAAAAAAGACGUAUUAUUAGAAUGUUACAAUUGAUCGAAACUGUCGAAAAUGCUGAGUAUGAAAAUGAAAAAAAUGAAUCUUUGAAUGCAAGAUCACAUAAUUUCUCUAGUGAAGAGAGUGAAGGAUUCCCUAGCCUAGAGGCUGAAUUACUUAAUGCUGAACUAGAAAGCGAAGAAGGCAGGGAUAAAAAACGACGUAUUAAAAGAAUGUUAAAAUUGAUCGAAAUUGUCGAAUCUACCAAUUCAGUUUAA